GGAAACGCCCGCCAAGGCCUCGGCGAGCCCCGGGCACCGAGCUGCCUCCGCCGCGGCCGCUGCCCAGCCUCCCUCCAGAUUAUCCUUGGGAAGAAAACCAACUGGAAAGAAAAUGAAGUUUCUUAUCUUCACAGUUGUGACUGUUCACCUAUUAACUGUGGUUUCUGGUAAAGCUAUAUUCAAGGAUGACAUCUCUCAGGAAACAUUUCAAAAAAUCAAAGAAGAAAUAGCUAGCUAUGGAGACAUUGCUAAAGCAAUUAUCGACCUUGCUGUGUAUGGUAAAUCCCAGAACCGAUCCUAUGACAGGUUGGGACUUCUGGUCGAUACUGUUGGACCCAGAUUGAGUGGUUCCAAGAACCUAGAAAAUGCUAUCCAAAUUAUGUACCAAAACCUGCAGCAAAAUGGGCUGGAGAAUGUGCACCUGGAACCAGUCAAAAUACCCCACUGGGAGAGGGGAGAAGAAUCUGCUAUGAUGCUAGUGCCGAGAGUGCACAAAAUGGCUAUUUUGGGUCUUGGCAGCAGCAUUGGGACUCCCCCAGAAGGCAUUAUGGCAGAAGCUCUGGUAGUGACCUCUUUUGAUGAGCUGCGGAGAAAGGCCCCAGAAGCAAGAGGGAAGAUUGUCGUUUAUAACCAACCUUACAUCAGCUAUCCAGUGACGGUGCAAUACCGUGUCCGGGGGGCAGUGGAAGCUGCCAAGGUGGGGGCUGUGGCAUCCCUCAUCCGUUCAGUGGCGUCCUUCUCCAUCUACAGUCCUCAUACAGGUUUUCAGGAAUAUCAGGAUGGUGUGCCCAAGAUCCCAACAGCUUGUAUUACAGUGGAAGAUGCAGAAAUGAUAGCCAGAAUGGCUUCUCGUGGAAACAGAAUUGUCAUUCACUUAAAGAUGGAUGCAAAGAACUACCCAGAUACCAGUUCCUUCAACACUGUAGCAGAGAUCACUGGGAGCAAGUAUCCAGAACAGGUUGUGUUGGUCAGUGGACAUCUGGACAGCUGGGAUGUUGGACAGGGUGCCAUGGAUGAUGGUGGUGGAGCCUUCAUAUCAUGGGAAGCACUCUCCCUCAUUAAAGAUCUGGGACUGCGCCCAAAGAGGACUGUGCGCCUCGUGCUCUGGACUGCAGAGGAGCAAGGUGGAAUCGGUGCCUCCCAGUAUUUCCAGCUACACAAGGUAAAUAGUUCCAACUACAGCCUGGUGAUGGAGUCUGACUCUGGAACCUUCUUACCCACUGGGAUUCAGUUCAGUGGCAGUGAAAAGGCCAGGGCCAUCAUGAAGGAGGUCAUGAGCCUGCUGAAACCCCUCAAUAUCACCCAGGUCUUUAGCGGCACUGAAGGGACAGACAUCAACUUCUGGAUCCAAGCUGGAGUGCCUGGAGCCAGCCUAUGUGAUGACUUAUCUACGUACUUUGCCUUCCACCAUUCCCAUGGAGACACCAUGACUGUUAUGGAUCCAAAGAAGAUGAAUAUUGCUGCUGCUGUUUGGGCUGUUGUCUCUUACGUUGUUGCCGACAUGGAAGAAAUGCUGCCCAGGACCUAAGAGGAGCGCUCUCUGGCAGGAAUCCUGGCUCUAGGGCUUCAGAAACCCCAACAUCACCAAGCAGUGUUAUCCAGUUCAUUACUCUUUGCCUACUUUCUGUUAUCCUCUUUUCUUGAUACUUCUUAAACUGCUUCUAGACUAAGGAAUGAUCCUUAUUGCCCCAUAGAAUCAACAUGAUGUAGGGAUAAUAAUAAAAGUAUUUCUUUAUAUCACUUUAAAAAAAUAUUUCUACCUUGAAAAUAAACACCGAGUAAAGCCUUG